CCUCCUCAUCUCAGAUGUACACGUACACGCUCCCUCACUUGACCACGGUGCUCCAAAGCGAACAAGGCGGAAACGUCGGAAUUUGAGCCUUAAUCAAAAUUUUGACUCGCCUAAUUCGAUGAUCUCACAAUGUCUUCAAUACCUUCCGCCAUAGACUCAGACUCGUGGUCCGACUCGGAGCUGGACGCGGAAGACGUACUGGGACUCGCAGUGCCAGCGCCACUGAACCUGACCAUCAAACUGAUAACAGCCACGUCGACCUGGACGCUAGUUCUCCUCGCCGACGGACUGUUUGCGAUUUUCUGCGACCCCGACUUGUACCCGAGCGUUCUCUUGGGCCUGGCCGGUAUCGGCACCCAUUUUGUCGGCCAGCCGUGGCGAGUCUUGAUGACGAGCGUGCCCUUCGCUGUCGCCGCAGGCCGCCGGCUGACCAGUGUCGGAGCGUUUAACUGGGCUAUGGCCAUCUGGAUCGCCGCCUCGUCCACCGUCCCCACGCUGCUGGCCAUGGUCCCCAGGGCCAGGCUCCCGACGGCACCAGCAGCAGCAGCGGCCAUAGCCGUAUUAAUACCGGGCCCAGAGCUCAACGAGGACACGUUUUGGCUGGAACGCACCGACCGCGUCGUCCUCACAGCGUACCAGCUGGCCUGCGUGUACACGGCGCCCAGGGUCGUGCGCAUCUUUCCUCGCGUGUUCAGCGACUGGGACCGCGUUACCUGGGUCGUCGGUUCUGUUGCCGUCGUCCAGUUCUGCGCGGCAGCCGUUUUCGCCGCCCCCAUGCUCGGCCAGCUGCACCCGGGCAUGCUCGCCGCGUCGUGGCGCAUCAUGUUCGGCCGGCCCCUGGCGUUCAUAUCUCGCCUGUCCGAGACAGCGGAGCGCAGAGCCCAUCGGCUGGUGCUUUGGGCGUCGUAUCCUAGCGUCGCGGCGUUCGGGUACCAGCGCCUCGACAGGAAGAAGUUCGAGGUCCGCCUCUUGAAGCUGCUGCCGGGAGGCUUGCUGGCCCCCGUGCAGGCGACGCUGGUCGUGUGCCAGAUCGGCAGAGCCCCGCGGUUCGAGGCCGUUUCCUACCGCUGGGACCCGGACAGCCCGCCCCAGCCGAUACUCCUCGACGGACAGCGGUCUGUGGUCUCUGGUUCCCUGUACACCAUGUUGGCCUGUCUCAGACACAGGGAUUCGCCUCGGCUGCUCUGGGUGGAUGCCGUCUGCAUCAACCAGGCAGACACCGACGAGAAGAGCUGGCAGGUCAUGGGCAUGGGGCGCAUCUACCGCGCAGCUGACGCCGUGCUCGGCUGGCUCGGCCCGUCCACCAGGGGCUCCAACCCCUUGGCGACCAUCUCACUUCCUGGGCCGCUUCGAGAGCUGCGCAAGAGUGUUCCCGCACUAUUUCGCGGGCGCCGCAACCGGAGGUGGCUCGACGUUGUUCUCCUGCUGACCAACGAGUGGUUCUCUCGCGUCUGGAUCGUCCAAGAGGCGGCGUUUGCCAAAAUUCUGACCCUGAGACUGGGUGAUACGGAGGUCUCGUGGGAAGCCUUUGAAGAAGUUGUGUCGAUUUUCAACCAAAGAGGCGCCGUCUUCGAAGGCCUGAUCAAUGGGCCAGGCAGCCCAGAGCGGCUGGCCACCGCGGCAAGAGCGGCGCUGCAGAACGUAGUCUCCCUGAACGCCAUCCGAGUCUGGGUGCGUGAAAACCGCGAUACUCUUGUCUCGAGCUCGAGAUCGCCGCAUGUUCGAGGCCUUUUGUUUUAUGAGGUCGUCAGGAGAUGCGGCAUGUUUGCAUCUACAGACCCCCGGGACAGGGUCUACGGGCUUCUGGGCCUUUCGACCCGGCAGGCCCGACAGACCGUCUCCAUCGACUACACCAAGGUUGCCGCCGCCGUGUUAGCAGACGCAGCCCGCUUCACUCUCCUCCAUGAAGGGUUCAUGGAGACGCUCGACCUUGCGGGAAUUGGCCAUUACAGGCAUCAGCCCUCACCCUUUCUCGAAGCCGGCUCCCAACUGCCGAGUUGGGCACCCGACUGGACAAAGUCAAACCUUGCUCUGAGCCAUUUCUCCACGGCUAAUCUCACGGUGCCCGCCGGACGUUAUUCCUGCGCCACGGACGACAUCUCCGUCGCGAGACAGCUGAUCCAAACCGUCCCCGGCCACCCCGAGCUUUUGUUCUUCGGGUCGGUCGGGCUCAUAGACACGAUCCACGCCGUAUCGCCCGUCUGGGAACCGCCCGCGGCCCCGGCAGACCGCGCUUCGCUGGCCAACGCCAUGACGUCGUUCCUGUCCGGGAUCGACAUGGGCCUGGACAUGGCCGAGCGCGCGUCUUGUUCCUCUCGAUACCCGAACGACAGCGGCGGGGAGAAGCUCCUCUGGCGCACCGUGCUGCUCAAGGAGCAGCAGGGGGACGACGGAACAGUGCAGCUGGAAAAAGAUGCCAAGGUCAUGAGAGAUGACAUUUCUAGCUUACGACACAACAUGGGUGGGGAUAGACUUCGCUUCCAGGUGCACUGGAUGGCGUUCUUGACGUACCGGCUCAGGAUCCUCACGUUGCUCCAGUGGGCCAUUGGGAAGCGGUUUUGCCUCACCGAGGGCGGCUACUUUGGGCUGGUGCCGGCGUUCACGGAACCGGGCGACCGUCUCGCCGUCGUCGCGGGCGCCGAAAACCCCUUCGUAUUCCGCCAGACCCUCGAGACUUUGAUGGGUACCAGUACUCUUGAUAUUCUUCUUAAAGGAAAGCAGUCGGUAUAUAGGCUGGUUGGCGCUUGCCAUAUCGAAGGCAUCAUGUUUGGCGAGUUGGCCGAUGGGGAUAUUCCGUUUGAGCCCGUGAUCUUGGCAUGAGGUCUUUUCUUCACGAGGGCCAACUUUGGGAGCAGGGUGAGCAGAUGCCGUGGGUGCGGGGGCGGCGGCGGCGGCGGCGACGGGCGCCGUGGCGGACCACACGCAGGCGCCGCUGCGCCUGACGUGUUGGCUAGGCC